AAUCGGUCUUAUUAUUCUUGGUCGGCGAAACAUUACAACAGCGAAACUUGUUUAGCAAGUGCAAAAAUCAUUUUAGAAAAAGGUCAACAUGAGUUCUAGUUCAGCUUUAUGGUUAUUGCUACUUUGGGGUAAGUUGAAAGCACGUGAACGUGACUUGAUGUUGUUAAUAUAACAGCUUCCUUUUUUACCAAGGGUUAGACUAAGUUGGAUUAAAUUACGUGUUCCGCUCAUGUCGACUGGCGAAAUUGAGGCGUGAUCUUUAUAGUCACCUAUUAUCUUCAGUCUUUUAACUAAAACAAGUAAGACAGAUAUUAAAUAAAUGAGACUAUAUUUUCACUUAACGAUUGACAAAGUUUUGGCUCAGGCAAAGAUCGUGCAAACGGAUAUGAAAGUACUUUCGAUUUAAGGUUGAUCUUUCUUUCUUUAGCAUGAUAUUUUCAAGGUUUCAUCGAAACAGUUUAUAGGUUAUUCAGUCUUUUUACAACUCUCUGUGAAUUUACAAAAAAUCAAACGAAUUUAUGAAAUAUAGCUACAAUAGAUUGAUCUAGGAGGGUUUUACAUGUAAAGGGGGCUUCAUGAAUCCAACUUGAGCGUGUCCGGGUGAAAGCGAUAACUAUUAGUAGCAGUUCUUUGCGCAAAAUACUGACUAGUUUCAUAGUUCAAAACUUUUGUAUGAAAGAUGAAAGGUAUCGCUUUGCCGUUGCCUGAGAAUAGGUUAUGUACGGAAUGUCAGUACUAAUUGUCGUUGGGCCAUUUCCAGUGCCGGUCUACAGCAGUUUCCAUUAAGUACGCUCGAUCUAAAACAGACGGUCGUUAACUGUUUUAGCGAGCUAUGUUGUCUAAAAGCUGAUAAGAGUCUGAUAACUGUCAGAGACUCGCGAAGGCAGACUAGCGUAUACACUGACAGUUACGUAUUAACAUGAUGAAUCUAAUGUAUUGAUAUAUCGGUAUUGGUUUGCCUGUAAAAGUGAAAGUGUUGCAUGGUUUCGUUAAAUUGCUAUUUUAUGCUCUCCCAACAGGAAAUUUGCUUCAUUACAUAUCAGGUAGGAAUGAUGUUUUACGUGUUCCUCCGAUCGCUUGAAUUCCUCACUAAAAUGGAACUUCCUCUCUGUAUCGUUUUCCCGAGAAAUUCUCUUUCCCGGUAUAUUUCCAACAAAGUGUAAUCAUGGUAAUAGCUAGACUGUUCACAGGCCAGUCCCGCCACUAUUGCGAAUUGUGUUACGGGCGGCCAUCUUGGAUGAGUUUCAAAUCAACUUAGGGGGAGGGGGACAGUUUGAGAGGAAGCGGUAAAAAUAACUGAAAAUAAAUUUUUCUCGCCUCCCUUCCCCGACUGCGUCAAAAUUUCGACGCCCGUCCCCUCUGUACAUAUAUGAAACCAAGAUGGCCACACGUACCGCGCCGGUAAGCACUCGAUCCUGACGAUCUUAGACAUCUUACGCAAAGGGGACUGUGAAAAGUGUAGGUAAUAGCGACCUUCAAGAAACCAGACAUUUUUGUUAUCGAUGCAGUCAUUUUUACAAUACAGGAAACAAAGUAAAAGCAACAAUUUACUCACUCAGUAGCCCAUCCUGCUCACUAUGAUCGAGUGAACAUACUGAGACAUACUUACUGAGAAGCUCUCGUAAACGCUCAGACGCAAAUAAGCUAUGGUAUUUACCGCCCUCUCUUCAUUUAAUGGCAUCGGUAUAAAUACCUUACAUUUUGCGAUGUCCGCAUUUUUUAUUUAUUUAUUUAUUUAUUUAUUUUAUUUUUUGUUCCUUUUCAUAUCAGGGUUGGAUCUGUCUGUAUAAUAUCUCAUCAGUAAAGAAUAAUUAAUUUUAAUGGUAAAAUUCUAUAGUGAAGUGAAAAAAAAAAGACUCUUAGAGACCCUUUAAAGUUAGUAUCACAUCAUUUUUAUGACAUAUUUUUCAGGUUCUGCCAUAACACGGCAAGAGCGUUCCGUUAGAGGUGAUAUUCAGACACUGGAUUGUGAUGCAAUCAAAAGAGACCCAAGCAAAUACUUGGAAAUGUAUUGGAGAGUAAAAGGAGCCUACGGAAACAUCGGUUACUGUAACAAAGACAGGAAAUGUUGGAAAACGGAAAGUCAGCUUCUGGAAGACAAGAGGAUUCAGGUUGUAAGCAUUUCCAGUAGCAACUUGACCAUAAAUCGCACCUUGCCACAGAAAACAACGGCUCACAAUGUGACCAUUACAUGUGAAGUACACACAACUGACAACAAAAUCCAUAUAUCUGAAGUCAAGAUCGAGAGUAAGUAA